AUGAUUAAAUACAUCCGUCAACGUUACCUUAAUUAUCAAUCUAAUCAAAAUUUAGUUAUAAAUUCAGCUUUAGAUCGAAAAAGAAAAAUCAUCUUAGACCAUAUUCUCAUUACCCUUCCUGAUUCAUCUACCAGACUUUUAAUUGAACCUGAUACUGUUAAAUCAGCCGCUAUUAAUCAUUUUCAAAACUUAGCAGUACUAAAUAACUAUUAUGAAUCCAAAGUAAUCCCAGAAGAAUGGCAACAUCAAUAUGCUUCUAAAGAAAAUAUUAAUCACUUUAUUUUUGAUACUUUAAUGAAUUCACUUUCUAAAGACGAAUGGACCAACAUCUUACACAAUCUUCCUAAUGGUAAAGCAUCUGAUCAUCUGGAAUUUUAA